GGCGCUGCUGGGCUGGCGGGCGAGGAAGCGGUUCUGGCAUCGAGAGCAGGAAGGGAAACCAGCGAGGGGGGGGGGGGUCCCCCCAAGAUCCACGCCAGGUGCCAGAGGGCAAGCCGACAUCCCAGCAGACGUGCCCACAGACCCACCCCCACCCCCGCGGUGAGAUUUUGUCUGUGGGGAACCAAAGCAGAGACCAGGGGCAGGUAGUUUGCCCCAGAGGUGAUGCUUUGGAGAAGGAGCUUCUUGGUUUUUUCUCCACUUUUCCACAUGGUUGUGGGGCAUCAGGGCACCUUCUCUGAUCUCUUGUUUUCCUGCAGAGUUGGAAUCUGCAACUGGGCCUCUUCAACUGGAAUCUGCAACUGAAACUGCACGCACACACGCACGUCCACCCUGCUGCCAAGGCAACAGUGAAAAGACACGAUGCCUUUUCCGCCAUCUCCUGCGCUUGGCGAAAGGAAGAGAGCCACCAUGCAGCCAGCUCAGGAUGGGGUGUCCUUUGAAGAGGUAGCUGUGCUUUUCACCAAGGAGGAACGGGCCCUGCUGCAGCCCACCCAACGGGCGCUGUACAAGGAAGUCAUGCUGGAGAACUUUUGGAAUGUGUCUUCUCUAGGUCCUCUGAUUGCGAAGCCUGAGCUCAUAGCCCAACUAGAAGAGGAAGAAGAGAUGUUUCUCAGGAUCUUCGAUGAAGAGGAGGAACUAGCAGGAGAAGUGGAGUCAGUGAAUGAAAUGGAAGAGCAUUGUGUGAAGGAAAAACAAGAUAAACAUUCAGAUGGAAAGGGCAGCACUGAACAUUGUAAUGCCCUGAAAAAGGAGAACCCAUAUAAUUAUCUGGAGUGUGGCAAAGACUUCAGUGAGAGUGGAAGCCUCACUUCCCAUCAAAGAAUACACACAGGCGAGAAACCAUACAAAUGCCUGCAGUGUGGAAAAAGUUUCAGUCAGAGUGGAAACCUUACUACCCAUCAAAGAAUACACACACAAGAGAAACCAUAUCAAUGCCAGGAGUGUGGAAAAGCCUUCAGUCUCAGUGCAAAUCUUACUUCACAUCAGAGAAUUCACACAGGGGAGAAACCAUACAAAUGCCUCAUGUGUGGAAAGGCCUUCAGUGGCAAGAAAAGUCUUACUUCACAUCGGAGAAUUCACACAGGGAGAAACCAUACAAAUGCCACGAGUGUGGAAAACCUUAAGUAAGAGUGGAAGCCUUACUUCCCAUCAAAGAAUUCAUACAGGGCAGAAACCACAAAUAUUGCAGGAGUGUGAAGUAACCUUCAGGCACAGUGCACUCCUCGCCUUCCAUUAUAGAAUUCACAGAAGGGAAAAAUGAUAUCAUUACCUGGUGUGUGGAAAAAAUUUCAGUGAGAGUAGUCACUAUACUUCUCAUUAGAAAUUCACACAGGGGAGGAACCAUAUCAAUGCCUCAAAUGUAGAAAAGGCUUCUGACACAAGACAAACCUUACUUCCCAUAAAAUAAUUUGUGCAGGGACAUCCCUUCAAAUGUUUUAACAUGACUGUCAUGUCGUCACUCCCUCCCCCCUUAACCUUCUCAUUUCCAGAUUAACCAUACCCAGCUCCCUAAAUCUUUCCUCAUAAGGCAUGGAUUCUAGAUCUUUUACCAUUUUGGUCACCCUCCUCUGGACACAUGCCAAUAUUUUUUGUGCAUUGUGGUUCCCAGAACUGGACACAGUAUUCCAGGUGAGGUCUGACCAAUGCAGAAUAGAGCGGUAGCAUUACUUCCUUGAGAUCCAGCCCAUAGUGUGGAUCAAGGAAGGUAUGGAAGGGUGUUGGCCCUAACUUGGUUUACAGAUGUACUCUGAGGAAAGAGAGUGUUGAUACAAACGGAUGAUAGGACUGCCGUGUUUUACAUAAACAAACACAGGGCCACAGGAUCAAAGCUCCUCAGUGCUGAGGCAGCUGCGCUGUGGCAGUGGGUCAUAGGAAACGGUGAAUAUGCAGGCAGGCAGAAUGUUUUAGUGGAUCGUUGUGAUACCCAUUUUCCAAAACUUGGGUUUUCUGUGGGUAGAGUGAUUUGCUGCCAGGGAAAAUGAAAACGCUCCCCAGUUUUGAGCCCUAGCAGUGAAGGGACCAGGGGUCUCUAAGAGGUGCUUUCCCCCUGUUUCUGCUGAUAGCGAGGGUAUUAGGAAAGACCGAACAGGAAGGCUGAGAAAAGUGGGAUAUAAAUCUAGGUUCUUUUUCAGAUUCAUUCUGCUCAAAUCAGCUUUCUCCUCUUGUCCACGAUGCUGAGGGAAAAU